AAUACUCAGUUCUAUUGCUGCUGUGACUUGAGUGACAUACUCAGAUUUAGUCCUACUACUGGCAUCACCUGAAGUGAGGACUAAUUUAUUUCCUUCCUAAUUGGGCUCACCUCUUGCUAAAACCAUGGAGUAUAUAUAUAAACAUGCUCCGAACUUCAAUGCUGUCGCCCGGCCAUUUCCAGCAGGCCAACACUCUGGAUUUUCUCAUGGAAGUGGGGAAACCUUUCCACCUCCACCAACAGUUUUUCAGCCCUCUCUUAACAAAUAUACAGAAGCUGAGGAAGACCGCCCCACUUCUACACAGCAGUCAAGGUCUUUCAAAUUAUUACAAGGCUUGAUGGACAGUGGUCAAGAACCCCCUCCAACCCUGAGACCCUUGAAUCCGAUGCAGUCACCCAACAGAUCUCGAAGUGUUUCUCCUUUACCCUCUCAACAAGCAAACAAAGGGAAUACAGUAAAAGCUGUAGGAAACUGGCAGUACAACUCACCUAUAGGGCUGUAUUCCAAAGAAAAUGCUGCCAACACUUUCAAGGAUCAAACACAUUUACUAAUCAGUUCAAAUAAUGGAGAUUCUAAAGAGAAUGGUGAUGUAAGGAAAUCUAGCUUGACAAAUGAUUCCUCUGUGUCUGUAGAUGCAGAGAAAUCUGGUGUUGAGUAUGAUGGUGAGGGUCGGAUUAUGUAUAAACCAUCAGAGACUUACAAAUUGAUACAUGGAGAAAGUGAUCAAGCAGAUACAUCAGCAGUGCCGUUAUAUUCUAAAACUUUCAAGCGUCUUCAAGAAAAACUAGAUGGGGCUCCAGUGGCAAGCUACACGCCACCACCUCCUGCAGCUCCUGCACCACCACCACCUCCUCCACCACCAGUUCAAAUGUACUCUCUUCCGAAGCAAGCUGCUCAUGCUCCAAGAGCACCACCACCUCCACCAGCUCCUGUGAUUGUACCAAAAGCACCACCACCACCACCAGUCCAUAGGCCUCCUGCUUCGACCAAGCCUAAGGUAUCUGCUGGACCCCCUAAACCAACUGGACAUGGUGCUACGAAAGGCAAGAAAGGCGAUGCUGUCUAUAAAACCCCUGAUCAGAGUGGUAGGAUCCCUGUCUGUGCCGCUUGUGGAACUCCAAUUAGAGGACCGUUUGUAUUGGCCAUGGGAAAAAGUUGGUGUCCUGCUCACUUCGUUUGUGCUAACCCUAGCUGUGGUGUUAAGCUCUUUGACAUUGGCUUUGUUGAAGAAGGUGGCUUCCUUUAUUGUGAGAAGGACUACGAGCUCUACUUUGCUCCUCACUGCCAUAAAUGUAACCAAGUAAUCAUUGGGGAAUGUGUGAAUGCUAUGAACACUACUUUCCAUCCCAAUUGUUUCUUGUGUGCUCACUGUAGGAAGCCAAUUGGAGGCAGCAGCUUCCACAUAGAAGAUGGGGAGUUCUAUUGUGAUCCUCACUGGAAGGAAAUGUUCCAAGCCAUUUGCUUUGGGUGUAAAUAUCCUAUUGAUCCUGGAGAUAGAUGGGUUGAGGCAAUGGAUCAUAGCUACCAUUCUGACUGCUUUGCCUGUACAACUUGCCAACUUAGCCUUGAAGGUCAGCCCUUCUAUGCUAAAGCUGGCAAACCAUACUGCAAAAAGCAUGCAAGAUAAACCAGGAAAUGGUUUAAGUUGAAAUAGAAAUUUUAAAGAAAUAAAAAGACAAAAAAAACAUGAAGCUGCCUUCCCCU